AGAAAUUGGAGAAAUUGAAGAUAUUCAUGAUUUCGUAGUUUUCGCCGUUAGGAAUGAUGAAUUUAUUCAUUCUUUUCCUCUUCCUUAUUCAAAGCGAGGCAAUCACCAUACCUGAAUCUCCACUCCCCACACCUGCUUCAAGCCUGCCAGUCCAAAUGAGAGCCCGUCAAACGACGUCGUUUGGUACACUUUGUGGAUAUUCAAAUGGCGACAUCGAAAUUCCUCGGACAGCUGAACCUGGAUAUGCUUGUCGCGAAAAUACUAUCGAUAAUUUAUGGGGAUUUUGCCCAAACACUAUAGCUGAAGCUACCAAUUGUGAUUUUGUUGGCUACUGUGUCGACGAUGGCACUUGCUCUACCGGUUGUGGGAGAUCUAGUCUGACACAAAUUUAUUGUACAAACGAGAUGCCUUAUUGCUCAACAGCUUUAUUGGUUUCCGAAGAACAAACAUAUACAUAUCUCACAUGUGCGACAUCGCCAACCACCAACUUUUAUCUGGCCAAUCCAACAAGCAGUUCUGUUUCGACAGUUUCGUCGGCUUCGGGAUCACAAGUACCGACGACACAAUAUUACUCUACCAUUGUUGUCGCAACGUCCUCAUCAGCUCCUGGUACGCAGUCGACUAGUGCGCAGUCAACUAGUGCGCAGUCAACUAGUGCGCAGUCAACUAGUGCGCAGUCAACUAGUGCGCAGUCAACUAGUGCGAAAGCCUACCAACAUGUUGGAGCCAUAGUUGGAGGAGUCCUUGGAGGCCUUGCUCUUAUUUUCCUUAUUGUUAUUGCUCUGAUCUUCUUGAAACGAUAUAAACCAUCAACUUCACUGAAAGGCGAGAAAGAUAUCAAUGGGGAAUCAAUAGCCUUUACAGGACCUGUUGCCGACAAAGGCGGAUUGCACGAACUUUACGAUUAUAGAAAAGAGGCCAGGGAGCUUGAUUCUACCACCUCGGCAAUGAAAGAAAUUCGGAUUGAAGUCCGGAGUCUUGAAAGGGAAUGA